GAACCGAAUUGGUACUUUCGUUGGGAAGUUGGGAAAUGGUAGACAUGAAAAUAGAGAAUGAAAGGAGGGGCAGAGGGGUGAGAAAAGUGAGGGUGGCGUGCUUUAACGGCACAGAAAAAACCUUCCUUUUUUUAAGAGGGUGUUGCUUCUCUGACAGACUGACUCUCCAGUCUCGGCCACUCUGUAAAACACAGUGCCCCCCCUACUUUCAAACACAAACCUCGGUACAAACUGCAAAACUACGCCCACGCAUAUAUACUACCGCACACGCACGCACAAACUCCGUUUGUGUUUCUUUUGUUUCCUUCUUUCUUUGCAUUCUGCAGAAUCUUUGCAUACUGCAGGAACUCAGGGGCUACGAGAGACAACUGCGUCAGAGAGAGAGAAAGCCAUUGAGAUUUGCGCCAAAAAGAGAGAAGGAAGAUCUUGAGCGGAUCACGAUGAUUUAAAGCAAAGGCGGCGAUAAUUUAUGAGCUUGAGAGAGAGAGAGCUCCUCUCUAACGCCAACACUGCUCUCUUCAUCAUACAGCUUACAAGCACUCUUAUUUUUCUCUGACGCUCUGUUUCCUUUUUGCAUUACUCUGAAGAACCAUCUCUGUAGGAUUUUUCGUGGUAGGAUAUUCAUUUCAUUCUAUCGUAUUCUCUCUCCUCGAGCGUCAUCAUCGUCACCAUAGAGCCUCAGAAUCGAUGGCAACAGCUCCAAGAUCGAGGCGGGGGUAUAAGGUCGGAGACUGUGUUGGUCCGGUGUUCAGCUGUUUCAGCAUGUUCCAGUGGCAGCGUGUAAGUUUGUAGACAGAGGAGGAAGUCACUGAAGAACAGCCAUUUCUGGACUGGGUUUUUGUUUGUCGUUCCUGGGUUUGUCUCUGAAUCGGUCAUUUCAGAGAGACAAAGUUGGAGGUGGCGUGUGGACAGCUCCACUGCAUGACAGGGCCGUGGUUUUGAGCUUUCUUGUCCGAAGAUUUGUUUGUGAUUUGUGGUACUUGUUGCGGAGUAUUUAGGGUCAACAAAAAUGAAGUUUAUGAAGUUGGGUUCAAAGCCUGAUGCAUUUCAAGCGGAAGGGAAAGCUGUCAGAUUUUGGGAAAAAAAAUAGUCAUAAACUUUUGAUCUUUUAGCUAUACAAAAAAGAUAUUGGCAAACACAAAAAGAAUGCGGGUAUUGAAAAUACGAAUACAACUACUUCAAGAAGAGAGAAUGGGAAGGAGGUGUCGCCGUUUUGUAUGAGUCCAUUCAGGAUGUGGUCCAGCCAUUGAACUGUCCUUUUGAAGAAGUUGUGGUCCAGAUGUGGAAAAUUCAUUUGCGGUACCCGAGUUCUCUAAUCAUCAAUUCGAGUAAGUUCUUACUGUACGGGGUGAGAGGGACGUUAUUCCACCCACCAUUUAUGAUUUCUACCUUCCGCAAAACAUCAACAUGUGGACACUGCUUGUAAAUUUGGAUUUGUCUAAUUAUGCCUCAAACAGGUCAGGGGAAAGGUUUAAUCCGUAGAUGGAUGGUUUGGCUACGACCAAUCUAGCUCUCUUGCUGUAUGUAUCAUCUGAAUUGGCAACGGACGUCAUCAUAAAUGUGGGUGAGGUGAAGUUUUGCCUUCACAAGUUCCCUCUCUUGUCCAAGAGCAAUUGCCUGCAGAAACUAGUGUUGAAGGCCACUGAGGAGAAUGAUGACGAAAUUUGUAUGGUUGAUUUUCCCGGUGGGCCAAAAGCCUUUGAAAUUUGUGCGAAAUUCUGCUAUGGAAUGACUGUUACGCUCAAUCCAUACAAUGUUGUGGCUGCUCGUUGUGCAGCUGAGUACCUAGAGAUGACUGAGGAUAUUGAUCGAGGAAACCUAAUAUUUAAGAUUGAGGUAUUUCUCAACUCUAGUAUCUUCCACAGCUGGAAAGAUUCCAUUAUUGUUCUCCAAACGGCCAAAUCUCUUCUGCCAUGGUCUGAGGAUCUGAAAAUUGUUGGAAGAUGCAUAGAUUCCAUUGCUUCUAAAACUUCUGUGGACCCUGCAAAUGUUACUUGGUCCUACACAUAUAACCGGAAAUUAGCCGAGCUUGAUAGAGUUGUUGAGGAUAGAGUAAAGCUCCCAGUGAUAGUGGAAUCUGUUCCAAAGGAUUGGUGGGUUGAAGAUAUAUGUGAGCUGGACAUUGAUCUUUACAAGCGAGUAAUGAUUUCUGUAAAAUCCAAGGGAAGAAUGGAUGCUACUGUGAUUGGAGAGGCACUAAAGAUGUACGCAGUUAGAUGGUUGCCAGAUUCUGUUGAUGCUUUGGUUUCUGAUGCUCAUGCCCAGAGGAACAAAUCUUUGGUAGAAACAAUCAUUUGCUUAUUGCCAUCUGACAAAGGCGUGGGUUGUUCUUGUAGUUUCUUGCUGAAACUGUUGAAAGUUGCAAUUUUGGUUGGAGCAGAUGAGUCAUCAAGGGAAGAUUUGGUGAAUAGGCUCAGCCUGAAGUUGCAUGAAGCUUCUGUUAAAGAUCUAUUGAUCCCAGCUCGGUCUCCCCAAAUUACUAUAUACGAUGUUGAGUUGGUGCAGUGCAUUUUAAAUCGAUUCUUGAUGCAUGAGAAGUCCAACCAGGAUAUGGAUGUUGAGAAGAAUGAGAAGGAGACUGAUAACUUUGUCUUGAAACUUGGGUCCUUGUUGAAUGUUGGUAAAUUGAUUGAUGGAUAUCUGGCGGAAAUUGCACGUGAUCGAAAUCUCACUCUCUCUAGUUUCAUUGACUUGGCACGGACGGUACCUGAAUUAGCUAGACCUAUUCAUGACAGAUUGUACAAGGCCAUUGACAUCUACUUGAAGGAACAUCCAAGUUUGACAAAAGUUGAAAGGAAGAGGAUAUGUGGACUUAUGGUUGUCAAGAAACUGACGAUGGAUGCAUCCAUGCAUGCUGCUCAGAAUGAGCGCCUCCCACUUCGGGUUGUUGUCCAAGUUCUCUUUUUUGAGCAGGUCAGAGCAUCUGCUGUUUUUAGAUCUGUUAGCAACAAUUCACGGGAUGCUUCACUUUCCACGCAAAAUACAGACGAAGAAUGUGAGAAGACAGCCGAAAACUGUAGAACCCUCGAGAAGCAGAUGAAUCAAAUGGACGGGAAACUUGCUAAGAAGAGCAGCAAAAACAGCAGAAGCAGCAUGCAGUUGCUGCCAUCCCGGUCAAGGAGAAUAUUCGAUAAACUGUGGGCUGUGGGUAAAGGGCAUGGAGAUGACAAGAGCCCUGAGACGUCCGUGAGUUCUCAGAGCCCAACUUCAAUGGUUCCUGGGGACACCAAAUCCUCUGGUUCAUCUUCAAGACACAGGAGGCAUUCAAUCUCGUAGAGAACUUUUGAGGGAGGGUUCAUUCAGACUUCAGAAGCAGAGGGAGACAAACCACUUUUCAGGUGUAAAAAAUGGUAGGUUUUGUUAUAGCUGCAGAGUGCAAAAUGUUAGUUUGAAAAGGGUUACUACACCCAGGAAAAAGGAGAUGUAAUGAGCCGUUUGAGUGCCUUUUUAUUUCUAACAUCUGUUGGUUCCAAAUUGUAACUUUGUUCUAUCAUAUAAAAGUCCAUAGAUGUAGGCCAUUGGAGUAUGGGCUCUAUGAUUUUCUUCA